CCACCCUCUAUCCUCACCUCGCUCUCCACAACUCGCGGCUCAAUUCCCUCCGUGGUCAAUUGCCCUCACAAUGUCGCUCUCCUCCGCUUCCAGCACUCUGCUGCGCACCGUCGCUCGGCAGCAGCUGCCCACUUCCCGCGCCGCCGUCACCUCCUGCCAGCAGCGGAGGGGAGUUGCCGAUGCGAAGUCGUCCUUCGAAUCUCCCUUCGCCAGCGCUAACGAGCGUGGCUCGACCCUGAAGAUCCCCAACUUCAGCAAGUACAAGUCCAACAACUCGCCCCGCUCCAACCAGGUCUUCUCCUACUUCAUGGCCGGCUCCCUCGGUCUGGCGACCGCUGUCGGUGCCAAGGCUACUGUCCAAGAUUUCCUGGUCAACAUGUCCGCCUCCGCCGAUGUCCUGGCCCAGGCCAAGGUCGAGAUCUCUCUCGGUGCCAUCCCCGAGGGCAAGAACGUCAUCAUCAAGUGGCGUGGUAAGCCCGUCUUCAUCCGUCACCGCACCCAGAGCGAGAUCGAUGAGGCCCGUGAGGCCAAGUGGGAGGGUCUCCGUGACCCCCAGCCCGAUGAGGACCGUGUCCAGCGUCCCGAGUGGCUCGUCAUGCUCGGUGUCUGCACCCACUUGGGUUGUGUCCCCAUCGGUGAGGCCGGUGACUACGGCGGCUGGUUCUGCCCCUGCCACGGUUCCCACUACGAUAUCUCCGGCCGUAUUCGCAGGGGCCCUGCCCCUCUGAACUUGGAGGUUCCCACCUACAGCUUCCCCGAGGAUGAGACCCUGGUUAUCGGUUAAGCGAAUUUCGAAUACACCCUUUUUUUGAUCGCCGCCAACGGGCGGAUUGUCUCAUUAGAAGUGUCGAUGAGAUAAAGAUGGAUGGAUUAUGUGUCCUAUCUAUCUGUGUAUGUGCUUGUGCUUGUGUGUGUUGUUUUUCCCCUUUUUUAGACAGAGCGGCCGUGUGUCUUGUCAAGAUUAAGAGACCUGUGUUUUAAUAUGGACAAAAAAAUGAGCCUCUUUCUUCCUUUGUUCCUAUCUUCCUGGAUCUUGGUCUUUCUCCAUGGCGAACACACGAGCUGUGGAGUUCAGAGGAUAUCCUAUGGUCUCCUUAAGUACAUAUGUUCUUUGUUUAGUGUAUCGCCUAGUCAU